GCGGCGGUAGGAGGGCCCUGCACGUCGCGUGCGGCCGAGCUCAACGUUACUUUGUUACAGCGGAGCUACCGGGGAGGAAAACACGGUGUCGCAAAAAAAAAAAGAAAAAAAAGGAAUUAAAAACGGUCUCGGAAAAAGUGCGCACAGUUUCGGGGAAAAACGACGCAACGCAGCGCCUGUUGCCUGGAUUCGUCUGCGGCGGCUCGUUUAAUGAACGGCGGACCCGAACGCUGUCGUUUGGCCGAGAAAACCGCGGUGUUUGUGAAAGUUGAGCCGGAGAGGAGUCCUGCGGGUCGGGAUGUCGGACUGAGACAAAGGGGUCUGGAGGAGGAGGAGGGGGCUUUCCCGUCGCAGAGAAAAUGGCCUAUGCGGGGACAGAGACAUCUGUUGCGGGAUUAGAAAGGUGAUCGACCACCUAAUCAAGAACUCCCGUGCGCCGGAACCGCCUGAUUUGCGCACGCAGACACGUCGGAUUAAAACCGUGUAAUCCAUUUAACGAGAACUUUUGUGAAGCGCUCGAUCCGUGGAGUCUCCUCUGGAUGGGAAGGAUGGAGAGGGAGCUGCAAUGGUGGAAGGGACAGCUGGCCGCCGACAUCCAUCAGUCGCUGCGCAUCAAGGAGCUGAAGCUACCGGUCUACCGAGCCCACUCUCCACAGAUUGGCAUGCGGGGGGACUUUGCCGACCUGUUGGCCAUCCUGAGCAAUCGCUACCAGCUCUGUCCCACAGCGCGUCACCUCGCCGUCUACCUGCUGGACCUGUUCAUGGACCACUACGACGUGGCCGUCAAGCAGCUCUACGUCAUCGCCCUCUCGUGUCUGCUCCUGGGCAGUAAAUUUGAAGAAAAGGAAGACCGGGUUCCCAAACUGGAGCAGCUGAACUCUCUGGGCUUCAUGUGCAGCCUUAACCUGGUUCUCAACAAGAAGGAUCUGAUCAAAAUGGAGCUCUUGCUGCUGGAGACAUUUGGCUGGAAUCUGUGCAUGCCCACUCCGGCCCACUUCAUUGACUACUACCUCCACGCGUCGGUGCAGGAGGGCGACCUGUACAACGGCUGGCCGCUCUCGUCCCUCUCAAAGACCAAGGCCUUCAUGGACAAAUACACUCACUACUUCCUGGAGGUCUCACUGCAAGACCACGCCUUCCUCAGUUUCCGCCCGUCCCAGGUUGCGGCUGCGUGUGUGGCGGCGUCUCGUAUUUGCCUUCAGAUUUCCCCGAGCUGGACGGCUGCUCUGCAUCUACUGACGGGCUACACCUGGGACCACCUCACCCAGUGCAUCGAGCUCAUGCUGCUUGCUCACGACAAUGACGUUAAGGAGGCCAAUAAGACCAAAUCCACUCCUCCUCACCGGUCCUCCUCUCUGCAGUCCCACUCCCAGACCCCUCACCUGUCUCCAAUGUCGGUCAUCCAGAGACCAGCCUCCUCCUCCUCCUCCUCCUCCACCUCGUCCACGCCACAGCUGCUCUUUCAGCCAGACGCCUUCCCACACCUUUCUCAGCAUUCCCCUUCCCUGUCCCAGCUGGCGGCGCUGGCGGACUCUCAGGCGUUGGGGUCCGUGGUGAACGUGUCUCAGGACUUCCUUCAGAGCCACAGGAUGGGUCUCCUCGCUGGGUCCAUGACUCCCGGCAGCGGGUUCCCCUCCUACCCGAGCUUGACCUCGGGCCUCCAGCCGGGGGCUCGCGCGCUGCCGCUCCCGGGCCCCAUCUCCGUGCAGAUGGCGCUCGCUGGAGAGCCGCGCCACUGUCUGAGCAUGGCCUACAGCGGGGGGUACCUGGGCGCCCAUCACACCUUCACAGCCGGCUGCUUUGACAGGUGACGCCAGGAGACGGAGAGGGAGCCCAGACCCCCGCGGGAGUGCACUGCAAUGCUCCCGACCCAAUUCCCCACCCCGAACUAUCCCUUUACCGACCUCCUCUCUCUCUCCGUCAGCUCCGCAGCGCCUUCGGCUCGCCCGACUCCCCCCUCCCUCACUCAGAGACGCCUCAAACGCAAGCAGAGGUCCAAAGGCAAGACGGACCCGGUGGAAGUGAUCACCCUGACGUGACAAAUGUUCCACCACCGUAAAAUACACCGCGGCAACUGCGAAAAAAUGUAUUUGCCGUGUUGUGAACUGAUUUUAUAGAUGUGUUAUUAUGAGACUGUCAUCACUGUGAAUGAGAUGAAAGCGGCAGUGUGAACACCCACCUCAUUCAGUGCCUGUUCUCAGUCAUGUGAUAGCUGAGCCAAUUUUAGAAGUGCACAGAAUGCAAAGUAUCUGCGAUGAAGAUAUCUUGCUGCUUGUCAUUUAAAAACAUUUUUUUUUUUUAGAAAUGUAAAAAUGGGCAGGUUUUUUCUCCCUGAGCCGCCCGCUGAGAGAAAGAAGAAGGAAACACUGUUUAUGUCAGCGAACAUUGGUCUAACUCGUGUAGUCUGGGUUGGAGCUAAACGGCAGCUCUGGGAAUUCCUCACCGCAUAAGCCCUCAGAAGGGAUGAAGAAGUCAUUACUUUGAGCACAGCAGGUGAAGUCCGCAGCUGUUUUCUUUUUUGUUUUCCCCCCUCUGUCCUCGUCAUCUCUUCCCUUCCAUCUCCAAAGUCGAGCCUUGUGGCGGAGCCGUCUCACACUUGGGUGAAAUGUGUCACUCCAGCAGCUGCAGGCUUUGUCCUACUAAAGUUUUAAUUUCAGCGUCUCCGGCGCCACUCAAAGAAUUUACCACAAACUGGACCAGCGCGGCGAAGGAGGCGUGGGUGGUGUUGGUGUACUGUACAUAUAAAUUGCUGCUGCCUUCUUAUGAACUGUUGGUUCUCUGUCUGUGUUAAUGUCUCCAAUGUUUACAUGAACCACUAAGUAUCAGGGACUUGAACAAGAUUACUUGAAUAUGAUGCCAUUGAAACAUGCCAUAGCUUUUAUUUAUGAUGACUCAUUUAUUUUUUUCCCCAUUUCACUUUUGUUUGAUAUAGUGUAGCUUUUUAUACAAACUAGAAAAACACCAUUGCUUUAUAGUUUCCUUUGUACCCGUCUAAAGAAGCUGUUUAUUGAGGCUCAGGUUUCACGGUUGAAACUAGCAGCCUUUGCAUUAUAUUGUGCUAUUAUGCUUUAACGUGGAUGCCAUUACAGCGUCUGUUGGGGGGGCGGCAGCAUAGUCCCCUUCCUCAUCACUGGACUAUACUGACGAGUCAAUAACUGAAUGCACAAAACCGCCGGCCUGUAACCCGUUGGAACCACUGCUCACUGGUUCCACACAUCUGUGGGUAGUCGACGGUAAUUGCUUCCCAGAUCCCCAAUCUUCCCGCUUCCUGUUAACGUGUAAACACAUCCAGAUUCCCAGCAACCUUCACGAGGGUUGUCCAUUGGUUACCAUGGCGAUACCUCCCAAUAACCAAAAUAAAAUGUUGUGAUCUUGUUGGCUGAAUUAAGGAUGAAACUGGAUAACUUCCAGUACUUCUUAAUGUGUACAUUGAUUUCAAAGUUUAUUGUUUUGUCCAAAAAAGAGAAAAUACUCUAAAAUGACAGUUCGAAGUCCCAAAGCUAAAUAGUGAUGUAUAAUCUAUCACGUGAUGAAGAAAGCCUCAGAUUCUGGAACCAGAGAAUUAGGGGCAUUUUGUAACUAAUUGAUCAAUCUUUCUUUUUAUUUGUCCUACUAAUCCAUGCAGCCCUACUGUGGCCCCCAAAUACUGAGAUGGUGUUGACUGGUUUCUGACCCGGACACGGUCCAUGUCAUGCCGUGUUCUCCGCAGUUAUGAACCUUAAACUCACAGUAACAUGUGCUUUGCUCAGCUGACACUACAUGAAGCCUUCGGAAACUGCACCUCUCAGACUAUUAAAAUCCAGAUGUUUGCAUCGUUUGGCCCCCACCGAAAAUAACUUUAUCUGGACUGAGAUACUAAUGCCUUCUUUUUAACUUUUUAUGUAUAGUUUUGUGACAUUUUUUACAUUCCUAAUUUUCCUUGUAUUUUAGUUAAACGCUUUUUGUGAUUCUCCUCAUUGCCGUUGGUGUGAACUAGAUUUUUUUUUUGUUUUAUAGAGUUCAACAGCGUUUCCUCACCGAGGUGUCAGCGGUGCAAUAUGUUGUUUCCUCGGUUUAAACUGACCACAGCCAUCACUGUCUCGUGUUCACCACUGGUUCACCUUUUGUAACUUAUUUGUUGAUGAUUGAGUGAUUGGACCUGCUCUUGCUUGAUCUCCUCCAGAGAGCAGUGGGCUCUGAACACAAUUACUAUGUUGCAUAUUGCAGCCACCUCCUCCUGAGUGAUCGAUAAUACUGAAUGCUUUUGUCUUUUUGCUCAAGAAGAUGAAUUUUUUUAAUUUUUUCCCUCCAGUGAACGGUGCUCAUGUCACUCGCACCAAAACAACACUUGUCUUUCGUGAUAGUAAAACAAAAAAACACAACUUCCAAUUUAUAUUUUUGUAUUUUGUACCAAUUUGUAGUCUUGGUCAUGAUUGAAGGAACUCUUUUAUCACAAUGUGCCACAGAAAAAUAAACACACAAGUGAACUGA